AUGGUGCUCCAUUCUCCUUAUUCGUAUCCAUUUCGUGGCAUCAAAUAUUUUCUCACUCAUUCUCAAUUAUGGUGUCAUGUUUUACUUGGUUUGAUAGUUAUGCUCACAUUUUCAUUAGUUGCUGUUAUUCUACUUUUUUUAUUCGUUUUUCCGUGGCAAGCACAUGCAUUUCACUACGGCGCAUUACAUUUUCCGGAAUGGUUAUCGUGGUUAUUGUCGUUUCUGAUUACACUAUUGGAAGUAGCCACAUGUGUACUUGUCUUUUCAACAAUAUUUCUAGCUUAUUAUAUGGAUAUUAUAUUCGCCGUUGUAUUUAGGCAAGAACAGAUAUCUGGACUGAAUAUCCAUUUGUAUCGAGGUGUAUGUCCAUCGUGCUAUUCAUGCGUCAAAUCAUUUGUUAUUCUCAUAUUCUUUCGAGUCUGUUUGCUACUCAUAACAGCACCUCUAAAUCUCAUUCCGUGUGUUGGAACAAUAUUUUAUAUUUAUCUAAAUGGUUUCUAUUAUGCUUGGUCACUGCACUGUAAAUAUUUUGAUAUAUUAGGACUGAAUUUUCAACAGGGUAAACAUUAUGUUUAUCAAAAUCGUUCGGACUAUGUUCAUUUUGGUGUUAUUGCUGUCUUAUUAGAAAUGAUUCCUCUCUUGAAUUUCUUGACGCCAGUGACCAAUGUCAUUGGAAGUGCUUUAUGGGCAUGUGAUAUUGAACGAUUUGCAGAACCGCUAGAACAUCCAAGAAAUUUUUUAUUAGCACCAGCCGAAUCACCUACAACUAAUCUAUCUCACACAAAUUAUGGAUCAAUGAAAAGUGUUGAUGAGGAAGGUGUUUAUCCACCAAGCUAUAAUGAAGCAGUUCAACAGCAAGUACAAACAACGAAUAUUUAUCCUACGGCGCCUGUUGAACCCUACUAUCAAGAGAAAAAGUGA